CCUGCACUUUCCUAAGACACCCGGGGCAGAAGUCACUGCCCCUUUCUAGAAUUCACUUUCCUCCUUUUUAGCCAAAUCUGGCCAAAAUAUAGAUUCCUGGGUCCCCCUCCCAGAAAGCCUGGUCUAGGCAGGGAAGAUGUAUGUUUAAAGCUCAGCUGAUUCUGAUGAUCCGUCAGGUUUGGGAACCUCUAAACUAGAUAAUGGAUCUCUAAGGGUCAACCAACCAGCCCUGGCAUCAUGUGUGGCUCAGGCUUGGCACAUUCUGGGGUUUACCCUUGUCCUGAGAUGGUUCAGACCUCACCAAGAGAUUAGCAGUGUUGAGAGAGCAAACAAAGCUUUGCCCAAGAGCCAGAAAUCAAUCUGUUAUCAAGGAACCUUGGUCAGUUCCUUAGAACUGUUACUUCAUUUCCUCUGCUCUGUCUUCAAUAAUCAAGUGUUGACUCGCCAACAGCUCUGGGCCAGAGACUCCCAAUGGGGAGCCGCUACCCCCACUUUCCCCCUCAUUUCCAACCUUCCUCCCCAUGGUUAUCAGGUUCCUCCUCCACUGCUGGGUGGAAAGAGCUGCUUUUGUUAUCAACCACAAAAUUCUCUGGAAUUAUCUUCAGGGACACUCAGCCUCAUAAAAGGAGACAAGCUCAGGCAGGAGGAACUGGGGAGCACCUGUGAAGGGGUCCGUUUGCAGCACCAUGAAGAGCUUCCCCACAGCCCCCUCUGUCCUCCUGGCCUUGCUUUUGAGUGUGUACGUUGGGGCAGCCACACGUGGCAGUAAUGUGGCCAAGUUCUGCUGCUUCCAAUUCAGCCACAGGUUCCUUCCCUGGAACUUGGUGCGGACGUACGAGUUCUCCAGAAACAGCUGCUCCCUGCCGGCUGUGAUGAAACCUUCUCCUGCUGCCUGCACCACACUGCAGCGCCCAGGGCUCUGGGGGCUCUCUCAGGCCUCUUCCUGCUGGCUCAUGGAGUCUCCGGGGUCUUGGCAUUGCCCAGGGACCCACCCAGGAGAAGGACAGGAAGCGACACCCCAUCCCGCUGCAGAAUCUCAAAGCCGGACGCUGGGCCUCACCAACCUGCAGAAUUGCUCUCCCAAACCAACCCGCCUCUGGACGCGACCGAAGGUUCUUCCACUGUACCUUCUCUUUAUCCUCUCUUCCUGGUUCUCUACAGACCCCUUUCCCUUUAUUUAUUCUCCUGCCACACUUGUUGGAGGAGUGGCAGUCACUGCUUCCCCAGUUCAUAUUUACUCCACUUCUCAACUCGCCGCACUUGGGUAUCUGAACAUUCUCUCAAAGGCUCAGAUUUCCACUCGAUGAGUCUCUGGUUUCCCUUCCCUGACCUCUCUGGGCUUUUGACACCAUUAUUAUCAGCCUCCUUUGUUCUCAAUGCUGGUAACUCAGUCUCCUUUAGCUUCUUUCCCUUGACACUUUCUGCUUUAGUUUCCUUGGCUGCUCAAGCAAAUACCAUGUGAUGGGUUGGCAUAAACAAUGGGAAUUUAUUAGCUUGUGGUUUUGAGGCUAAGAAAAUGUCCAAAUCAAGGAGUCAUCAAGGCAAUGCUUUCUUCCGAUGACUGGCGCUCUAGGGUGGCUGCCGGCGAUCCUUGGUCCUGGGCUCCUCUGUCACAAAGCAAUGCACAUGGCGGCCUCCCCUGGUUUUGCUGACUUUCAGCUUCUUGCUUCU